UAUCAAUGGUUAUAUUUCACACUUGUACUAAUGCAUAAAAAGAACUGACACCCAUUUUAUUUUUUACAACCCCUUUGUCCUGUGCAAUGGAAUGCAGGUCUCAUAAUUUACAUAAUCAUCGAUUAAUGACAUUCAUGCACUGUCUAGCCAGUCCAUAACAACCGUGCAGUGUCCAAGCAUGUCUUCUCUAGUCCUGAGCUUCUGUUAGGAGUAACUGAUGUUCGCUCCUUCAGAUGAUGCAUUAUGAUAGCAUAAAAUUAGCCAAAGAAGCAAAGACACAUCUGGUUGCACAAAACACAUUUUCUUAGUCCGUGCAGAUGUUUAUUUAAUUUCUCUCAGCCGCGCGUCCUCGAAUAAUACGCACGAAAACGCGCAUUUGUAGGAAGUAAACAAAGUAAUGUUAGCUGCUCAGUAAACGGUACCGCUGCGCGCGCAUUUACACUUUUACGACGGAAGUGCAACGGCUGAAACCCGGAGGAAAGCGACAACGGGAGUGAAAACUAAGCGGAAUUAGUCAAUGAGAGGGAGGAGAGAGCGAGAGAGAAGGAGUGUGUGCGACAGGGAGGCUGAUGGACGCUGAGGCCGAGGUGGACGUGGCGGGUCCGGCAGGGGUUUGAUGUGGGUUCCGCUUACGGCGCGUUGACGGCCGAACAAAAAAAAAGCAAUGAACAGGAGCCAGGGGAAUCACCAUUGUUCCUAACCCAAGCCAGAGGUUUUUCUCGGCAGCAGUGACAAUCCCCUCUCAGGAACCCCGCUUUUAUCUCUGUGAACAUAAGAUAUAUUACUCAUAACAGACGUUUCGUUUAAGUGGUGGAGUCGUUUCCACCACGAUGGCAGAGUUGGAGACAGAAUGCAUCACUUUAGGACUAAAUAAUUUGGUGUCGGAGUGUGGCACGCCACCACUUGACCCUCUACAAGCAGAGUGCACCACGCCAACCCUGACCAUGCUGUCGUCAGAAUGUAGCACGCCAACGCUCAGCUCGCUGGCCUCCGAGAUCGUGGAGCCCAUGGCUAUGCUGCCGUGCAUCAAAAGCGAGCCUGACCUCGACCCCAUCUGCACGGUGGACCUGUCCGUGAUCCAGCCCCUGAGCACGGCCGAGCUGGCCUCCGAACAGAUCAAGAUGGAAAUCAGCGGCCUCGACUACAUCAAAUCAGAGCACCACAGCGACCUCCAUUCCUUCCACAGCACGGAGCUGGACUCCUACAAGUCACACUACGAACCCAGUCUGGUGUUCGACUACAUCACUCACGUCUCAGACAGCUUAGAGUACAUCAAGUCGGAGCAACAUUCGGACCUCCACAGCUACUACGCCAGCGAGCUCGGCGCCAUCAAGACCGAGUACGAACCCAUCCUCAUGUCCAGCCACAUCAAGACCGAGAUGAACGGCUUGGAGUCCAUUCACAUGGCGGAGCUGCGCAGCGAACUCAACAAGCUCCGGCCCGAAACCGUAAUCGACAGUAUGGGGAAAAUGGACUCGGAUUUCCAAUCUGGAAACCUUUACGAACUGACGUCUGUCCAGGCGAACAAAGCGACUGCCGCACACAACCAAACCAGCACAAAAGGCCACGGACUGACUCAACGCAAACCGCGCAACCUCACAGGUGAGAAGCCGUUCUCUUGCACCCAGUGCGGGAAGAACUUCAGCACCCUGGGUAACCUGAAGACUCACCAACGCAUCCAUACCGGCGAGAGGCCUUACACCUGCUCCCAGUGCGGGAAGAGCUUCGGGCAGGCUGGGAACUUGAAAAGGCACCAGCUUAUCCACACGGGGCAAAAACCUUACACUUGUGCGCACUGCCCGAAGGGUUUCACCAAAGCGGACGAUCUCCGCUCGCACCAGCGGCUGCACACGGGCGAGAAACCAUUCAGUUGCGCCGAGUGCGGUAAGAGCUUCGGUCAAACGAAGGAACUGAAAGCCCACCAGUUGAGCCACACGGGAGAGCGGCCCUUCUGCUGUUCGCUGUGCGGCAAGAGCUUCACUAAAGAGACGAGUUACCGCAAUCACCAGCAAAUCCACACAGGCGAGAAGCCCUACAGCUGCUCCCAGUGUGGCAAAACUUUCAGCAAUUCAGGGGUCCUCAGAACACACGAGAAGAUUCACUCCGGGGAAAAACCGUUCGGCUGCACCCAGUGCGGCAAAAGUUUCGGUCGCUUGGGACAUCUUAAAGCACACCAGCAAACUCACACGGGCGAACGGCCGUACACUUGCCAGCAGUGCGGGAAGAAUUUCAGCCAAUCAGGUCAUCUCAAAGCACACGAGCAGAUUCAUAAAAGAGAACAGCCCGAUCUUAGCAGUGGCAGCAGUGGCAGUAACGAUAGUAGCUAAAAGAAACCUCAUGUCUCAAAAGUAUUACUCCUUUUUUGUUCGUUCUUUUUUUUUUCUUUUUGUUUUUUAUCUAAAAGCUACAAAAUAUAUAUAUAUAUAUAUAUUAUUAAAUAUAUAUGUUUCAUUAUGUUUUCAUACUUUACGUCUCCUCUUCUUUUCUUAAUAUCUUCUUUUGGGUACAGUUGUGACUGAUUUUCUCUCAUGAAAGUGUCUACGUUUGGGAUCAGUGAGCUUACAGAGAGUCUUUGUAUCUUGUCUGGUCUGUGUCGUAGUGAGUGCCAUUCUAGUUUCUUUCCUCCAGUAAAGUACUCGUGUACACGUUUAUUGAUAAUAUGUAAUUCUUUAACCAUGUACUGGAAUGAAUUAUUAAAGAAAAUAAUGUAAAAAAACAAAAA